AUGCCUGCCAAAGACCAAGGUGUGAUCGUUCUCGACGACGAGGAUAAUGCAGCAUCACUGAAUGGAUGCCUAGCAGUCGUCAAUGACUCCAGAACAAAGACCGAUCAAGUCCCACAACAUUCACCUCACUCAGAUCUCAAACACCACUCGGUCGUACAGUCAGCAUUCCAGAGCCCUACCGUGGGAACUCCAACGAUAACAUCACAGGCUAGCCACGCUCUUCCUCAGUCAUCAUCACAAGCACACUAUUUACGAGGCUCCUCAGCUUCGGGCACCAAACCGUCGUCUCGGUGGUUACCUCAGAGUCCCAGCAUGGAGAUCUCAAAGACAUGUUCACCAACGAGCAACCUUGAUCCCGCAUACUUUGCAACUUCUUCCUGGAGCUUCCCAAACCCCGCAGCCACCUGUGAGGAGUUCGCCACUCCAUCGAGGCGUGCCUCAAUUUCCCCUAAGACUCCUAGGCUUGGACGCCGAGAGUUAGCUAGCGCUACCAUGAUUCCUAGCAGAUCUUCGUCGACGACCCAGGGUCCGCGUCCGCUCCCGCAGCCAAUGACAACGGAGCUCACGGACGACGAUGACUCUGCAGACGAGGAGAAUCUGGCUCUAUGGAUGGCGCAAGAUGCCGAGGACGAGAUGAGACGGUCAUCGUUAGCAAGCUCAAACUCUAUGGCCGCAACCUCACGAAGAUCCUCCCUAAUCAUCCCACGCAACCUCCCAAUAACAUUGCCUUUCGUCGGCUUAGACAGUUUCACACAUAAUGGCAUUCUACUGGCUGAGAAGGUGUACGUAGAACUUCAAGACAAAGAUUUCCUGAGGAUCGUUCAUAUUAUCCAAGACACGUCGACGUCAGCAGUUACUUUACGAGGCUGGAAAUUUCGACGGACCAGGGAGAUGAAUGGUGUCGUUGAAAGAAAGCUGAACGAAGUCUGCUGGAUCCUUCACAUCGAUGAGGACGACCCAAGAGAUGCCAAGCUUCAAGGCAUGGAGACUGUACCUGUUUGCGAAAUCGUGAAACGAAGACGCAUUCGACUUACCAAUCAAUCAUUUCCGGCCUUGAGCUGGCGCGAUGACGGGGAGAAGGACAACCCAGAGACCAUUGAGAACGACCGCGUCCUUGUGUGUAGAUUCAAAUACCUCUGCCUCUACGCUAACGCAAAAGCUCGUGUCUUGUACAAAUGGUGCGAGAAAGGAAUCCACCGACUUCGGGAAGAUGAGUGUGAUCAGCGCUUCGACAAUAGCAUGAAGGAUGACGAGCUUCGCCACAUUUGGAGAGGCUCCACGGUGCCAGGCGGAGCGCAAGAGGGUUGGUUGCCGGGAGAAAGAGAGUUUUUACGCCAAGAAGUUGUUUCACACAAAGGCAUUGCAAGUCGGUCUUCACUGAAAGUGCCAUCAGGUCCGGAAUUCCCUCUUGGAGAUCCCAUGAAGCGUGGAAGUGUAGGAUGCCUUCUCACAGAAGACGACCUCCAGCGAAGCUACGACCGAGCUACCCAAAGUAUAAGUACUAGAAACGAUGACCUCGUACACAGCGAUGAUACGAUAAUAAGCAAUGAAAACGUCGGAGAAGUCCUGACCUCGCCAAUCCUGCGUUCACGGGAGCAACGACGAAACCGACGAGAGUCACACUUCAAUUUCGCAGGCUUCAAUGGCCUUCCUAUUGAUUCCAGUGACUACGACACAGAUGAAGAAUGUGGUAUGUCUGCAUUGAGGCGAGGCCUGAGGCAAAGCUCCAUUCAGCCCCGAAAAUCCAGAAACAAGUCGCCCAGGAUCAUCGAGAUUGACGCUCAAGUCAAGACGUCUUCGAGCUCCGGAACGUUCGAAAAGCGAUACGAAGGGAAGAUAACAUCAAGAUACUAUCCCACGCCAGGCCUGGCACAGAGGAAGCGAUCGGCUGAUGUAGCAGGUGGUUCCCCUGCCAGACCGACAAAGAGAGUCGAUCGAGGUUUUCGAGUGCAGUCAAGCAACGGAGAUCUUCCCCAAAAGUAUGACAGUCCGGGCAAUCGAGCCUUACCUGGCAACAACAGAUACGAUCAUGAGGAGCCAGCUUCUUCGGACAGCGAAAGAACAAUGGGCAGAUCUCAGUCACCAGAUCAUGUAGAAGAGAUACACACUCCAUCGAGAUCCAGGAGCUACAAGACAAUCUUUUCUGGCCUUCUUACUCCGGUUUCGCGACGAAAGGACUCAGCACUUCGACGAUCGAGGGACUCAAUGCGAUCUUCUGAAACGGGCGGUUUCACGGAAGGGUCAACGCCGUUAUCCAAGACAGCACGGUCUUCAGUCGUCAGUCAGAUUCAGACGUACGGUACAACAGAGGAUGAUAAUAAUAUUGUCGAUCUCACAAAGCCACAAGCCAAUCCAUAUGGGAGUUCCCCCAAGUUACAUUCUUCUAUAUUCCGGCAACCCGGUCCGUCAACUCCGUUGUACGCACGCUCAGCCAUACCUUCAAAUCAUUACGCGACGUCGUCUUCUUCUAAGCAGAAGAUGUCUCGGCCCAGCAUUGCACAUCCGCCCUUCAACGCGAAAUCUCACUUGACGUCCACAAAAUCGCGUCAAAAUAUCCACCGCAUAUCUCCAGAUUGUCUAUCAGUGGCUCCCGGAUCAUCUCAAGCCUACGGAAUGCUCUCUCAUCAGAUCACUAAAGCCACUCUUGGCCCAUCAUCGCGGCCUAUCGAGGACUCUCGUCAGCAAAAUCAGUCUACAAUCAUCAACGCGUCCGCUUCAAAGGCAAAUCAGCGGAGGUACACGUUUGGUGACUGUUUCUGCGGAGCUGGAGGCAUGUCCAGAGGAGCAGUGAGUGCAGGGUUACGUCCUCAUUGGGGAUUCGACUUCAAUCUGGCAGCUUGCCAAACCUAUGCGAUGAAUUUUUUUCGCACCCCGAUUUACAACGUUUGGGCCAAUCAAUUCUCAGAUGCGAAAAAAUAUUACAAGGUUGAUAUUUGCCACAUGUCGCCGCCGUGUCAAUUCUUUUCCGAUGCGCAUACGGUCCAAGGCAAGGACGACGACAUGAACACCGCGACUCUCUUUGCCAUCUUCAACCUGCUCGAGAAGGCUAAGCCCAGAAUAGUCACUCUCGAGCAAACCUCUGGGCUCAUUCGCCGUCAUCCUAUCUUCUUCAACGCUGUAAUCAACAUGUUCACCUCAAGAGGCUUUAGCGUUCGAUGGAAGGUCAUGAACUGUGCCGACUUGGGUCUCCCACAACGUCGAACGAGGCUGUUUAUCAUGGCAUCGUGCCCUGGCGAAGCUUUGCCCCCUUUCCCAAAACCGACCCACUCGUCCGAUCCGGAAAAGACAGGCCUGAAACCAUGGACCACGAUCAAUGAAGCCAUUGCCACGAUCCCCUACGGGUGGGCCAAUCACGAUACCCACUUGGCGAAAGAGCGAGACAAUUUACCUCAGUCUGGGGACAAAAUCGCUACUUGUGUUACUACCAGUGGUGGUGGCAUCAUCCAUCCCAGUGGGAAGCGGGACUAUACGCAUCGCGAGUUCGCUUGCCUGCAAAGUUUCCCGCUAGGCCACAAAUUUGGGGCGUCCGGCGUCAAGAAGCAGAUCGGGAAUGCGGUACCGCCUAUUGUGGCAACGAUCCUGUUGGAGACAGUCAGGAACGCUUUGCUGAAGGCGGAUGGGUUACUCUAG